GGGAUCGCUGUUCGGGCCAGCCCCUGCGUGCGCGUGCGCAGUGCCAACCGGAGCUGCUUGCUGUGAAAACAUGGAAUUUCGCUCCGCGAAGCGGGCAAUACUACAGCUUCUCCAUAAUGUGGCUCCGGCAGACUGCCCGGCGCUGCUCCAGUGGAUGCGAACUACCCGAGAUUUUGAUGAAUUCACUCAAGAUAAUAAUGACGUUAUGUUGAAAAGCAUAGCAGAAGACCUCCGGAAUUGCUUACCUCUAGAAACCAUGCUUUCUUCAGAACAUCUAGCCCUGCAAAAAAUACAGCAACAGCCAGACCCCACAGUUCACGUCGAUGCAUUCCUUUAUGAUGAAGACUUGAUUGAUUCAUUAUGUGAGGAAGGAAAAAUGAGCAGAAACUACUGUAUGGUGUGUGGCUCACACCAGACAGCACCUUUAGGAUUUAUUUCACAUUCCUUCUCCCUCAUGGAAUUGAAGUUCAUUUAUCAUCAUGUACUCCCUGAUCUGUCCGGAAAGGUCUUGGUUGAUGUUGGCUCCAGGCUCGGCACAGUCCUUUAUGGGGGUUAUUUUUACAGUUCAGCAAUGCAGCUCUAUGGAGUAGAAUUGAAUGGAGAUUUUUGCCAGUUGCAGGAAAUGAUCAUUAAAAAAUACCAGUUCACUGACAGAAUAAAGGUGCUUCAUGAAGACAUCUGUACCCAGGGUUUACUUCUGCAAAAUGCUGAUGUUGUUAUCAUGAAUAAUGUCUUUGAGUAUUUUCUUAAUGAGGCAGAACAGGCCAGAGCCUGGGAAUACAUUAGCCAUAAUGUAAGGAAGCAAGGUUCGUUGCUAGUGACAGUACCAAGUCUUAAAGAUUCUCUCUCAGGUCUUCAGACUAAUAUACAGUUAUCCUCAUGGGUUGAAGAAGUACCACUGAACUAUGAUGUAUAUCCACAAAUGUAUAUUGACAGAGAAGCUCUUGAACAAAUCCAUUUAUAUAAGAUUCUCUAGCCUAAAAUAGU